GCGCACCGCCCCUUCCGCCACCGCCCAGCGAGCCCAGCCCCGGUCCCAGCCCCGGCCGUCCCGGCGUCGCUUCGGAGCGCGGCGGCAGCUGACUGCGCCUUCACGAUCCGCUGGGACCCGCGAGCCCCGCCGCCGUUAUGAACAUCCGCAAUGCGAGGCCAGAGGACCUAAUGAACAUGCAGCACUGCAACCUCCUCUGCCUGCCCGAGAACUACCAGAUGAAAUACUACUUCUACCAUGGCCUUUCCUGGCCCCAGCUCUCUUACAUUGCUGAGGACGAGAAUGGGAAGAUUGUGGGGUAUGUCCUGGCCAAAAUGUGAGUCACCAAGGAGGAAGAGAGAAGCUACACGUGUCUGGUGGAUGCCUCUGGAAGAGGACCCAGAUGAUGUGCCCCAUGGACAUAUCACUUCAUUGGCUGUGAAGCGUUCCCACCGGCGCCUCGGUCUGGCUCAGAAACUGAUGGACCAGGCCUCUCGAGCCAUGAUAGAGAACUUCAAUGCCAAAUACGUCUCCCUGCAUGUCAGGAAGAGUAACCGGGCCGCCCUGCACCUCUAUUCCAACACCCUCAACUUUCAGAUCAGUGAAGUGGAGCCCAAAUACUAUGCAGAUGGGGAGGACGCCUACGCCAUGAAGCGAGACCUCACUCAGAUGGCCGACGAGCUAAGGCGGCACCUGGAGCUGAAGGAGAAGGGCAGGCACGUGGUGCUGGGUGCCAUCGAGAACAAGGUGGAGAGCAAAGGCAAUUCACCUCCGAGCUCAGGAGAGGCCUGUCGCGAGGAGAAGGGCCUGGCUGCCGAGGACAGUGGUGGGGACAGCAAGGAUCUCAGCGAGGUCAGCGAGACCACAGAGAGCACAGAUGUCAAGGACAGCUCAGAGGCCUCCGACUCGGCCUCCUAGAGCCUGCCCCAUCCCUUCCUCACCCCACGAGCUUUUACAAUAAAUUCGCUCCGUGGCA